AAAUUAUAAAAUAUUUUUUACAGAUUUAAAUCGACUUUACGAUGAUAUCGCGCAGCAUCCAUCUAGUCAUCGCGGCAAAUUUACGAGGGCAAACACGGGAGGACAACGUGGUUAAUGUACAACACGUCAUAAUCGAUUAUUCGGACCGUUAUCGUCGUAACAUGAUCGGCGAUAAAUUCAUAUUUCCGAUCGGCCGUGUCACGAUCGCGACGGCGGUCAACAAAUCGUAAAGCGAAAGACCUCGGGUCGGGUGCGUGCCAAACGCGUUCGACAAUGUCUGCCAAUUAUCGGACGAUUGUCGCCGCCAACUGUCGAUGAAUGUAAAUAAUGGAUUUAAACGAUAGAAGAAAGCGUACGCGCGGAUAUUGACGAACAUCGAUAUUGAUCGGAGCACUGUGUCGCCUGUUUCCUCGAAGUAACGCAGAUAUGCAUUUCGUGGCACAUGUAUGUAUAUACAUAUAUGCAAACGCCUCGAUUUGCGCCACGUGUCUUCACGUGCAGAAGUCGCGUGCGGACCGGAAGCCGGAUACUUUGGCCCUACUCACGGCCCGUAAUACGGAACGAUGUUUUUUCUCAAGCAGAAUUCAGAUUGUUUGGAUUUGCAUCAUCCCUUUACAUAGAAUUCCGGCCCGAAGAGUGCACAUUCAUGCGAUAUACCUAUGGGAACUGGGCACCCUCCUGUGCUUCUAUCCGGGAGGCAUCAAAAGGCACGCAAGGUAUAUAAAUACAGCAAUGAACAGCAAGGAUUCACACGGGAUUGGAAAAGAGCAGUUUCCGGCUUCUUUCUUCUCGCAUAUCCGCUUGGCCUGAACGACAAGAAGAUCGCUUCCUCCACUUCUCGGUCUCCUUGACCAAGUGCAACACAGAAUCCGGCCGGCGGUCGCACAAUCAAGGAGCCACGCUCACACGCACGCUCUUGCACACGAGUCGCCGCGAACGUUCCCACGAAAGUCACCCCUCCCGAUUUUCGUUCCCCCUUCGACGACGACGUGCUUACCCUCUCGCUCCCUCCCAUGCGCCAGGGUUUCGCUCUUCACCUCGACGAGCCGCACGGGGCCCCUCCGGUGCCCCACUCUCAUCCCGAGGGCGCACACCUCCGAUCAUCCCCACCAUCCCCAGGAUCGCGGGAUACACCACGCGGUCGUGUGUCGUCCCUGCGUCCUCCCGCACACGACAUACGUCCGCCGCCACGCGACCAGUGCACACGCACAUCCUGCAGCAACUGCAGCAGCCAAGAGUGCGUCCAGCGCGCGACUUCUUCCACGCACGCGACUGUGAGCGACGUCGCGGGUAGCCGCAGCACGUGAGCGCUGAUAAACUCUACUGCCGUCGCGAAACAAGUGCCAGGACCGAUUGCUCCUUUCGCGGUCACCGCUUCUCGCCUGACCCUCCUCAAGACCUCGCGAGACGUUCGUCGAUAGUGGAAACGUUACACACAAUAUUAGAAACUCACGAAGAAAUUAUCUCGAGAAUUCGACGACAAUGACCAUACGAUAAUUUUUUCCAGGAUUCACGAGUUUAGUGGAAAUUAAAUCUUCAAAGAAAUUAUCUCAUCAGCAGCGAAGACUUCGAUUUUUUUCAGGUUUUCCGGAGGAGAUUCUGGAAAUAUCCAUCUUUCAAACAUAGAAAGAUGUUGAAAGCUUUGUGAUUUUUUAACGAGUGAAGAGACAGUGUUUGACAUUUUAUUUGUGAAUUAAGACUGCAGAUUUAUUUAUACAUAAAUAGUGACUGUGUAUAAAUCAUUCUCGUCAUCCGCUAUGGCAUCUUACAUCAUUAUGGAAUUGAUAUCUCGCAGCAUUAGGCGGUAGCGCGAUUGGUUUGAACAUUUCUUCGGCUCACAAGAAAUUUACGCCGUCCGAUCGAUUCCCUCCGUCCUCCUCUUACAGCGCAACAUGUGGCGAGUAGUGGUCGCGCGUUCUGAUGACAACAGUACUCUGCUGUCCUCCGAGAUCACUUCCGGCGCAGUCGCGCCCGGUCACCUGUCAACGUUACCGGUGCCGCCGUCAGGUCAUCAUUGGGGUUACCCUCCACCGCCGCAUCAUCCGUAUCAGCCGCCGCAGCAUCCGGAUAUGCGUCACCAUCAUGAUAUGCGGCCACCCGGGCCUCACGAACUACGACACGCUGCCGCGGUUUCCGGCGAUCUCCGAAACCAGGAGUUGCGGCACGAGAUGCAACGGCCGGAUCUGCGACAUCCGGAGAUACAGAGGCAUCAGGAGUUAUCCAGGCACGACAUUGCCAGGCAUCAGGACGUCCGACAUCAGGACAUGUCAAGCAUGCGAUCGGAUAUGACAGAGAUGCGAUCUAAUCAUGAGUUUUUAGAACUAAAGAUCGAUACGGAAUUAAGGAAUCAAGAUAGUAGCCAGCAGCAGCAGCAACAACAACAACAGCAACCGCAACAAAAUCAAGGACACCAACAAAGGAAUCUGAAGAGAACCAUGAGCGAUUCCGAUUGCGAUGAUGUGUUUUCGGAAGAGAGCGGCAAGGAACCAUGCAACUCACCCGGAGGAGACUCCUGUCAGCACGCGUCGCGGAAACGCAGGAGGGGGAUGAUCGAGAAAAAGCGUCGCGACAGGAUCAACGCGUCCCUCGGCGAACUGAGGAGAUUGGUACCGGCAGCCGCCAGGGAUCCUCACAGCGGAAAGCUGGAGAAAGCGGAGAUCCUACAGCUCACUGUUGAGCAUUUGCGCACGCUUCGCAAUAAGGGACCGGAGGGAUAUGACAGCACGAAGCUAGCUAUGGACUAUCACGCGGUAGGCUGGGGAGAGUGCGCCGCCGAAGUGGGCCGGUACCUGGUGACCAUGGAGGGCCUGGACGAGAGAGAUCCGCUACGGCUACGGCUGCUGUCGCAUCUACAGAGCUUCCACCGGGAACAUCCGCCGUCGGCCGUGCCGUCGGCGGUGCCCGCGGCGUCUACGACAUUGACGUCUACCUCGACUGCCAGCAGCUACGAGCCGCCGCCAAGCACAGUCUCCGCCGGGAUGCCGCCCGGUCCGGGAACCAUGCCGCCGCUUUUGGGCGGUUGGGGCCAGUACCCGGGUCAAUAUCCUCAGCAGCAGCACGGGAAACCUUAUCGGCCCUGGGGUGCGGAACUGGCAUACUGACCUUGAAUCCCCGAUGCACAAUCGAUGGCCAUGAUUGCGGUCGUUUGGUACAAAAGCCGACAACAAGAACAUUUUAAUACGAGAUUGUUAAAUUCACUUUCCCUUUGUAGAAUUUGGUAUACAAGGAGAACGACAUAAUGCGUAAGUGCGUAACUGAAUUUUAUUUUACAAAUAUUUUCAUAAAUAUUGUACGAAACAAAUCAAUGUGAGUGGCAAAUUUCGUGUAUAUACGUAUUAUAUAUUUUUUGUACAAUAUUUUAAUACUUUAUUAUUGACAUAUCUCAGGAAUGUUCAACGACCAAAACUGUAUAUCGAUUUUCAAUGAGUGAGACAAUGAUAGUCAUGUGUGAAUACUUAACUAAAAAAGAUAUUUAUUAAUAGAAAAAAUUUGUAUAUAGAUUGUACAUACAUACGCUUAAAUGUAAAUAAUAAGACAUGUUUGUAAUUUUAUCUCGUAAUCGACUACCGGUUGCGUAUCGACUUAGCAUAAUUGCUUCAUUUGCACUUUUGAGUGAUAAGCGAUUGCGUGAACGUGUAAAGUCCAGCGUGAAUAAAAAAAAAGAAGCGAAGAAGAGAGAGAAACAGUUGCCAUACGCAUGCCGGAAUGUGCCAUUUACGCAUUUUAAUGUUUAUAUGUGAGAGAGGUUGAAGUAUUUUUGCAAUACGAUUUUGUAAUAAAGCGAUAACACACGAAGAUACAAAUAGAAUCUCAUCGCAUGUGAUUCCUUCCCUUUGUACUUUCCCCCAAGAGAGUCCAAUCGAUAUUGCAUUUCCGAGAUAUAUAGCCGUUAAUCGGCAUUCACGCGAAUCGUAUGCCAAACUAAAGCACAUCAGAUAAGAAUGUCCUAUAUUCUCGGAUAGCUGACACUGAAGUAGUUCCUAGGAACGUAAAUAAUAUAAAUGGA